UUUUCCCAAUUAGAUUUAGAACUGAACUUUACCUCCCUAAGAGAAAUAAAAAAAUUGGUUGAAAAACUACUUCGACAUACCUUAAAAAAAACUUUUGGUUCCUCCCUAAAAAUUCUCUUUGCCACUUUAACUUAUCAGCAAGUAAUGAAAAAACAUGGAACCGACAAACCUGAUUUACGCCAGGAUGCUAAAAAUACCCAAGAAUUAAAGACUCAAAAACAUGAGAGUUUUCGCCAUCCUUUCACUUUACCCAAAAAAAAGUAUAUUAAACCUUUGUUAAAUGAUAAGGUUAAAGCCGAAAAAGUAAUCUGUGAAGCCUUGGAUUUAGUAUGUAAUGGUGAGGAGAUACUAAGCGGUAGCACUCGUAUUUACCAACGAAAUUUACAAGAAAAGGUUUUAGAAAUAUUAGGUUAUAAUUCUAGUGCCAGAGAAAAUUAUUUUGGUUAUUUUUUGCAAGCCUUAGAGUUUGCUGCUCCUCCCCACG